AACAACGAUUAUAAUUGCCACCAACUCGACGAACCAACAAACCAAACAACUAAAUUAAAUCCACCAAAAAUGCAGUAUAAAGCCACUGUGUCUGUCGAUGAUUCCCAAGGCCCCGAACGUACCAUUUUAAUAUCAUCGGACUUGGAUUCAACUUUACAAAUUAUUUCCGAAAUGUUGAAAUAUUUUGAAGAGCGAGAUGAUGAAGUUGAUGUCAGAGUUCUUAUUCAUCAAAGUCUUGCUGGUUGUGUCAUUGGCAAAGGUGGCCAAAAAAUUAAGGAAAUUCGCGAUAAAAUUGGUUGCCGUAUCUUAAAAAUCUUCUCUAAUGUUGCUCCUCAAAGUACGGAUCGUGUUGUUCAAACUGUUGGAAAACAAAGUCAAGUUGUCGAGGCAAUACGCGAGGUCGUUUCUUUGACACGAGAGACACCCAUUAAAGGACCUGUACACAAUUAUGAUCCCUUAAACUUUGAUCGUAUGUACGCCGAUGAAUACGGCGGUUACGGUUCAAGUGGCGGAAGUGGUGGUAGCGGCGGCGGCGGUGGUGGUGGUAGCGGUGGUAACAACCGUCAAUCACGUGGUGGUAACCGCGGUGGUGGUGGCGGCGGCGGCGGUGGUGGCAGUGGUGGCUACAAUGAUCGCAAUCGCAGUGGCGGACGCCGCGAUAAUAAUCCAUUUAUAAACCCAUGGGCUAACGAUGAUGGCUUCGGUGGUAAUAAUGGUGGAGGUGGUUUUGGUGGUAAUAACUUUGGCGGAGGAUUUGGUGGGGGCAACUUUGGUGGCAAUAAUGGAGGUUUUGGUGGUAAUGGACCAAAUAAUGGUAACUUCGGUAAUAAUGGUGGUUUUGGACCUGGAAAUCAAGCUGGCGGUGGCGGCAUGGGCAACUUCGGUAAUUCCGGUGGUGGUGGUGGCAGCGGCGGCGGCGGCUUUGGUGGUGGAAAUCCAAUGGGUAGUGGUAACCAAGGCGGUUUCGGCGGUGGCAUGAAUCAAGGUGGUAAUUUUGGUGGUCCAAAUAAUCUUGGCAAUGGCAUGGGACCCGGUUCAGGUGGUAACUCCGGUGGUUUCGGCAAUGGACCAAAUGGUAAUGGACCUAAUAAUAACAGUGGUAACUUGCCUAAUGGACAUGAUCCUAAGAACAGUACACAAGUUACCAUUCCAAAAGAUCUUGCUGGUGCUAUAAUUGGCAAAGGCGGCGGUCGCAUUCGUCGUAUACGUAAUGAAUCUGGUGCUUAUAUUACCAUAGACGAGCCUCUGCCAGGUUCUUCCGACCGCAUUAUUACCAUUUCUGGUAAUCCGAAACAGAUACAAAUGGCACAAUAUCUAUUACAACAGAGUGUGCACGAAAAUAAUGGUGGUCGACGAAGUUUUUAAAUAACGAUCAAGAAGAAAAUAAUUUAAAACUUCGUAAACUUUAACUUUAAAAUAUUAUUAUAAAAUAUAAAAUAAACAUACUAUUAAGAACUGCUUACCAAAACAGACAUUAUGUACUUUUUCAUAUAUUACAUUCUUACAUUACAAUUCUAAAACCUUCAAGUCCAAAUUUCAUACAACAUUUUGACUUACAAAUAUACAAUAAUUUUUAAUAAAUAUGAAAAAAAUUAAAUUUUAAAUUUUAAUUACACACAUUUUUUUAGAACUAGUUUGUUUUUAAAAAGAAUAUAUAACAAUUUUCCCACCAGCAAUGACUGCUGUAUGGACUAUACUACCGAUAUCAAAAAAUAAUGUGAAAUUUUUUAUUUAAAAUAAGCGGGUUUCUAGUUCUGCCAACCAGAUUUAGAUUGGUAGUAGUGUUAUUGACAUCUGUGUCAAAUUUCAUGUCAAUAUUUCUAUUUGUUCAUUAGUUACGCAUAUGUUUUGUAAACAAUAAAAACUUAAUUCAGAUUUUGUGGCGCAAAAAAGUUGUUUUACUGACAAAGCUACCUAUGUCACAAAAUAUGCUUGCAAUUAAUAUCAACACUUAAAAGAGACAAAAAUCGCCCUGGACGAUGUCUUCAAUCAACAUUAACUGAUUACACGUCAAAGAAAUCAAAGUUUGAUAACUUGAAAUGAGACUUAGAUCUAUGCAAGACCCGGAAACAACGGACUAAUUAGAAAUUGGCAUAAGUGAUUUUAAUAGUCAAUUUCACUUUAUUUUUUGAUCACUAUUAUUUUUUAUGCUAUAUGCUUUUAAAAACAAAUUUUAUGUUAAACUGUUCGAGUAAAGGAAGCCCAACCGUAAAAUCUGCUAUAAUUGUUUUUGCAUAGUUUAGACAAUACAAAAGGCAGACAGUCAUUAUUUUAACAUUAUACUGUUAGGUAAAUAAUAUAACAACACCCAUACAUAAAACAUACAUAUUAAAAAAUUUAAUUUUGUAGUUAUGAAGUUUCAUUUAUUGAAACGAAAACGUUUAAACCAAAUUUCUUAUUACUAACGAACAACAUUUAAAAAAUCAAAAAAAAAAAAAAAUAUAACAAGG